AUGGGCUCUUCAUGGACGGCGCACGAUGGGACAAUGAUCAGCAAGUCAUCCAAGACAGCUUGCCCAAGGUGCUAUUUUCAGAGAUUCCACACAUGCAUUGGAAGCCAUGCGAAAAGGACAAGGACCCAACUGAUCCUGCACGUGUCUAUCCCUCGCCCAUCUACAAGACCUCGGAAAGAAAGGGAGUUCUCAGCACAACUGGGCACUCCACCAAUUUCGUCUGCACCAUCAAAAUUCCGAUCGUGCGACACUUACUUCCUUGUUGCAUACAGCUGGCUUUAG